CGAAACUGAUGCAAUCACCGACAGGUGACUUUGCUCACUGCUAUCAUCAUCAUUAAGGUCAGCUAAUAACGGAGUAGCCUGACAGGUGUUCUCUGGCCUGACGGCUUCGGUGUAUAUUCGGGGGUUGCUCUAGCUUCGCUGUUUCGGGCUGUGGCGAAUUACCUGAGUGUGUAGUGGCAGUGCUGCUUGUGGAGUGCGUCAGAUGCGUCUGAUGGCGACUCGGGGCCGUCGAGUCAUUCGGUGAGUGCCUGCGUUCGCGUAAGGCCUGCGACCGCCACCAUGAUAUUCAGUUCGGCCGACAUGCUGAGCCAGCAGCAGCUGAAGCGGCUCUCCGAGCACAAGUACAGCUGCUCGGGCUCGUCGUUCGCGGACCCGUUCAUGCAACCCUUUUGGAACUGGGUAACCAGCAAGUGCCCGCUCUGGCUGGCACCAAACCUCAUGACGCUCUCGGGACUAUUCGUCAACAUUGCCACAUCGCUGCUGCUCGUGUGGUACAGCCCGACGGCCACACAAGAGGUUCCACGAUGGGCGUUCUUGCUGUGUGCACUUGGCCUCUUCGUCUACCAGACGCUGGAUGCUUGCGACGGGAAACAGGCACGGCGCACAGGCACUAACACACCUCUGGGGGAGCUCUUUGACCACGGCUGCGACUCCAUCUCGACAGUGUUUGUAGCCCUGGCGGUGUGCAUAGCUGUCAAGCUAGGCUCGUAUCCUGGCUGGAUGUUCUUCCAGUGCUUUGUGGCCAUCACCCUGUUCUACUGCGCCCACUGGCAGACCUACGUGUCAGGGACACUGCGCUUUGGAAAGUUCGAUGUGACUGAAGCACAGUUCUCGGUGAUGAUGAUCCACAUUAUCUCUGCCGUCUUUGGUUCUGACAUUUGGGCUACCAAGGUUCCCCUCAUUGAGCUGCCCCUAAAGUUCCUGCCCCUCUGCUCGGGGCUGACCGCUGGCAGCAUUGCCCUCGUCAGCUACGCGAGCACCAUCUUUACCGGCGGGGUCGGCAAGAAUGGCUCGACAGUCGCCGGCACAAGUGUUCUUUCUCCGAGCAUCCCCAUCGCACUGGUAGUGGUUCCGGCGUUCAUCAUCUACCAGAAGUCGAGCACCAGCAUCUACGAAAACCACCCAUGCCUGUACAUCAUUGCUUUUGGCAUGGUGGCUGCCAAGGUCACCAACAGGCUUGUGGUGGCGCACAUGUGCCGUAGUGAGAUGGACUACAUGGAUUCUGCUUUGCUUGGCCCUGGAAUGCUUUUCCUCAACCAGUACUUCAACACUUUCAUCAACGAGUACAUCAUCCUGCUUGUCUGUCUGGCGUACUCUGUGGCCGACCUUCUUCACUACUCGGUGAUAGUGUGCAACCAGAUCUGCGCCCACCUCCAGAUACCGCUGCUGCGGAUCGUGCCCAAGUAUGCUGUGGGCAUCACCCCUGCCUCCUCCUCGUCGGUCUCCUCUGACAAGGUUUCGGCUACCCAGUCACAGGCUGAUGCAGAGGAGGCGUGCGCCCUGCUAACGCCCGAGGAGCCUCCGCCGUACCACGAGUCCCUAAUGGACACAGUCCAUGCCUGAGCCAGUGGAGCAGAACUAGCUGAAAGCAAGGCAGCAUGCGCUGCACUCUUUCUCUUUCCUCCCUCUCCACACAGAUGACGACUGACCAGUGUGUGUUUGUGAGUCCUGCCAAUUCAGGGAUAUGUGUGUGCUACAGCGUCCUACGAGACCAAGAAGGGAUGCUGACUGUCACAAGUGUAUGAGCACCUGCAGAAUAGCUUUUUUUUCUUGGUCACGUUGAUGAGCUGCAACAAUCAACAAGAACGCAGCUAUGCCUGGUUCUGUGUCAGGCACAAGUAUCGUAUGGGAACAUUUAACGUCGUUUGGGCUGCGUGGUUUGUUGUUUAUGUUGUUUAUGAACUGGCACUACAUUGGCUGUGGUAGCGCCCGACUCUUCACACAGUACUGGGCUUAAGCUGAGGACAUUGGGAAGCCAUGUCUUAACACCCAACAUGUGCACCUAAGUGCUGCUUUCUGCAUUAUGUAUGGAGCACUGUUGUUCACUCAGUGAAUGAGCUCUGUUGUACUUGGAAAGCUGCCCUCUCAUCUCCACAAGGGCACAAUGUUCAAAAGGAGUGUGGCAAGAGCUGCAGCAGUCAAAAAGCGUUAAUGCGGCAGACAGAUGUCCAAGGCAAAGCAAAUGGAAAGUACUCAUUCUUUCCUUACACCUGCUGUCUUUUUCGUUGUCGUUGCACAUUCAAGUGACUCCAACACGGGCUUUGCCCUUGCAAAAAGACUGUUGGACAACAUUUUCCGUGCACAUUAAUCGAGGGUUAUUUUUUUUGCUGGUACUGGCAUGGCAAGCAAAUAGAGCCUUGCAGUUGCAUUAUUAAUUUGUGUAACAGAAUUUACAAAAAGACAGCAAUGAAUGGGCUUGUUAAAGAAGAGCUCAUGAAAUUACGUAAUCUUGAUAAAUGUAGUUCCUGAACCUUUGGUGUUCAGCACUUGUUUCUCUCUGCACACGGACUGGAAGAGAAAAAAGAGAAAGCCUUCAAGAGAAACUUUUCCUUGCAUGCUAUGCCAGGCGUUGUGUGCCUAUCGGAGUUCUAUGCCUUGAGCACUUGUUCAGUGUGGUGCAUCAAGGAAAGCUAAGGUGUACGGCUGUGCUCUCUUGGACGUUUCCACCGCGGUUAACAAGCACCCGUGUAAUGUGCAGUGCUACUAUGAUCUAAGGUAAGUGUACAAGAAGUACUGACAUGACAUGCUAGCAUUGAUUUUAAUUUAUGGCCAUUCCUUUUUUUGCUUUUUUUAGCACAAUUAUAGAUUUGAAACAUAAUGUGGGAACUUUACUUGCUGCCCAUUAUUCGGUGCUUUCAGCGAUCACACACUGCUAGCAUAUUUGUAGUAACUGCCACUGCUUGAUAUUUUCAAUAUUCACUGUUUAAUAGCCAGCCUGCCCAAACAGUUGCACUGGUUUGCAAAGCAGCGCAUCACACUCAUGAUGCAUUGUAGUAAAUUAAAGCUGUGGGGACAGAAUGCAAA